AUGACAAGGCCAGAGAUUAUUCGCGCUGACACCAUCGACCUCCAAGCGCACGACAACCCUUCCGCUCCGCGACACGCCAGGCCGACCCCUGACGGCUCCCUCGCACCACACCAGGCCGAGACCUUGAGAGAAGUUGCGGCAGAAGCAGCAGAGGAGAACCACCGUAGCCCGCCCGGUCUGUGGAACAACGACGCCGACACCGUCUAUUCCGUCUCCGACUCCCAGCAGAGCGGCGGUUACGGCACGAGGCACGACGACGCAGGCAGCAUGCAGACGGGCACCCGGCAGGAUGCGCUGGCGAUUGCCCAGAACGGAGGCCAUUCUGGCCACGAGGUCGAUGAGGCGGUCAUGGACGGCGAAACCGAGGUGGACGUGGAUGACGACAUGAUGGACAGGAUCUCGAGCUCCCCUUCAAUUGAAGAUGAGGACAUCGAUUUCGAAUUCGUAUACGCCCUCCACACCUUUGUUGCCACGGUCGAAGGGCAAGCGAACGCAACCAAGGGUGAUACCAUGGUUCUUCUCGACGACAGCAACAGCUACUGGUGGCUAGUGCGUGUCGUGAAAGACAGCAGCAUCGGCUACCUCCCCGCCGAACAUAUCGAAACUCCCACCGAACGGUUGGCUCGUUUGAACAAGCACCGGAACAUAGAUCUCUCCGCCACAAUGCUUGGUGAUCAAACCGAUAAAGUCCGGAAUCCCAUUAGAUCUGCCAUCAAGAGAAAGAAGGCCAAGACGGUCCAAUUCGCACCGCCUACAUUUGUGGACUAUUCUGAUAUCGACUACUCGAGCGAGGAAGAGGAUGUGGCGGCCGAAUACUUUGCCCAGGCCGCUCAACAAGGUCAAAAAAACCAGCAGGCUUCCGCUGCCGCGGACACGGAGGACGAUUCGGCCAAGGUCAAACCAUUGAAGCCCAGGACAACACAGAAGGAUUCGAAGCCAGACGAGACCGACAACUCGGCGAAACCACGGAGCUCUGAAGAAGGAGAACUCAAGGUCGACGGGCCCAAGAAGACGAGCGACGGGACUGUCCGAGACUCGUUUUUCAAAGAUGACACAGUCGAGACGAAGAAGAUUACGCUUACGCCUAACCUGUUGCGGGAUGAUGAUGGAACAAGGCUGUCGAGCGAAUCCAAGGAGAUGAGACAACGACCAAGCUUGGAUAGGUUGCUGGAUAAGGACGGCUUGCUCGGCAAAGACGGCAAGAAAGGAAAGGAUAAGAAGGAGAAGGAUAAGAAGCCCAGUGCCAUUCGAAGCUUUUUCUCUAGGAAGGACAAGGAUAAGAAAGCCUCCCAUGAGGACGAGGAUCUCAGCAGAGACAGUCACGAAAGAGAGCCGGAGGAGGAGGAGGUAUCGCAAGGGUCGCCAGAGAAAACAGGCCCCCAGAGGCAGCCGAGCAAGUUGCAAAAGCAGCAACCCCGGACGGAGCCAUCGCCAACUAGGAAGUCUGGCUCUAGUAGAGAAACGGGCAAUGGUGUUGACAUCAAGGCCUUCUUGUCGGAGAGCAAGGUCAACAAUGUCGCCAACGUACCACCCGCCACGAUGCGUUUGGUAGAAGCCAGCCCGAAGGGUUCUCCACAAGGCAGCCCGCAGACGAGUGGGAGACCUCAGAAGGCGACCAAGGCCAGGACUCGCAUGGGACUUGACGACUUUGACUCUGAUGAUGAUGAUCUGGAUCCUGAGCCUGUCCAAUCUCCACCUUCCCAAGACCCACGACGUCAACAACCACAACAGCAGAAACGUGCUGCUCCAAAUAAUACUAAUCCCUUCAUCACUCAGCAACAAGCACAGCCAGCGUCGUUGGGCGGGCAGGUAGUUAGAGGUGCUUCCACACUUAAUUCGCCACCUCAACAGCACGGGGAGAGGCUAUCCGAGUCGCCUGUCCAGGUCUCGCCAGUCAUGUCUAGCAACCCACCGCCGUUGAUGGUCGAUACAUCGAGCCAAGAGGAAGACCGGUCAUCGCCAAGAUUGACACCCUCACCAGAACUGAUUGAGCACGAAGAUGCGGAUACGUCGGUCAACAAGGAGACCAUCACGCCGUCCACUUCUUCGAGGUCAUCAUGGAAUGAUACCAACCUCAGGGCCUUUUUCGAUUCCGGUUCAGAUAUUCGGGACUUGCUGGUCGUGGUGUAUGACAAGUCGAAUGUCGAUCCGGUAUCUUCGGACCACCCUGUGGCAAACGGUUUGUUCAGAGAACAGAAUGCUAAGCUUGCUGAGAUAACAACUCAACUCGACAAUAUGCUCGGCGACUGGCUAGCCCGUAAGCAAAGGCUACGGGGAACAGUCUAA